UCUUGUUGUUCAAUUCAUUAAGUUAAAAAAACAAGUCAUAAGAAUGAAGGCUGCUGCACUAUUGCAACUUUUGGCAGGAAUCGAAAUGAAGGCCAUAUUGAAAUAUGUGGCAGGAAUUGCUGGACCAAGUGGCUAUGGCUCCAAAACUACUGCUCAACAAGUUGCUGAUGAUUGCUUCUCCUCCAUGCCUUCAUCUCAUCUCACUGCAAUAGUCACCGGCGCGACAUCGGGCAUCGGUGAAGAGACAGCAAGAGUACUUGCCAAGAGAGGUGUGAGAGUGGUAAUUCCAGCAAGGGAUUUGAGGAAGGCAGAAAGUGUGAAGGAAAAUAUACAAAAAGAGAGCCCAAAAGCUGAGAUAAUCAUAUUGGAGUUAAACUUGAGCUCAUUUGCUUCAAUCAAAAGCUUUUGCUCUCACUUCUUAUCUUUAGGACUGCCUCUACACAUCCUUAUAAACAAUGCCGGCAUAUUUCCACACAAGCAGGAAUUUUCUGAGGACAAUAUUGAGCUUACUUUUGCCACAAAUUAUUUAGGUCAUUUUCUGCUGACAAAAAUGCUACUGGAGAAAAUGGUGGAGACAGCAGGAAAAUCAAGUAUAGAGGGAAGAAUAGUGAAUGUCUCCUCUAUGUGUUACAAUUCAGUGACUAGCAAUGAAUUUUGCUUCACUGAAUUGCUCAAUCCAAAAAGGUAUAUUACAGGGGCGGAUGUAGAAAAAAUAUCUGGUGCGGUGCAUAUUUUCUAAAUUUUAAGUUUGAGAUUUUGAAAAUAUAAUUUUGGAUAUUUGCCGUAAAUUCUGAUUUUUUUCAUAACUUUUAAAAUUUGAAAAAAAAAAAUACAUCACCUUUCAAUUUUUUUCUGAUUUUUUCCCACAGGUAUGAAAUACCCCAAAUAGAAGUUGAUUUUAAGAUUUUUGACUUAAAUUUUUUUUAUACUUAAGCGUGAGGGAUUUUCAAUUCAUAGAUACAUCGACUUUAUUAUGCCACCUUUAUUAUCCCUCACGCUUAGGUAUCAAAAAAUCUAAUCAAAAGCCCUUAAAUCGGCUUCUAUUUGGGAGUAUUUCAUACUCGUGGGAAAAUUCAGACUAAAUCGAAUAUAUUUUUUCAAAUUUUAAAGGUCAUAGAAAAAAAUCAUAAUUUAUUAAAAGUUCAUGUAUUUUACGGAAAAUAUCCCUUUCUUAUAAUCUGAUUUGAUGAUUAAAGUUAUUGUAAAACAAUUCAUACAAUAAUUUGACGAUUUUAAAAUAAUAAAAAAAGAAUACUUCCCUUCAAUAUAUAUAUAUAUAUAUACACUAAGAAUAAUUUUCAGCCCUUAGAUCAUCAAGAUCUACGGUUGAUUCAUCACCCUAUUGGAUGAAUUCAUGGUCCUGAAUUCGAAUCCCAAAGGUAGCAAAAAUUUAUUUUUCGCAAUUCAUACAUUGAUACAGUAAAUUCGUACGUGUUAUACAUAAAAUUCAUACAUUUUUGCUGGUUCAUAAUUCUUAAAUUAAGGGUGGUUUAUUGAAUAACCGCCCCCUAUAUAUAUAUAUAUAUAUAUAUAUAUAUAUAUAUAUAUAUAUAUAAGGGAGGGCUAUGAUAAAAACACAUUUUUUUGUAUAAAAUAUGAACCAUUUUCAGCCCUUAGAUCAUUAAGAUCUACGGUUGAUUCAUCACCUUGUUGGAUGAAUUUAUGGUCCUGAGUUCGAAUCCCAUAGGUAGCAAAAAAAAUAUUUUUCGCAAUUCAUACCUUUAUACAGUGAAUUCAUACUUGUUCUACAUAAAAUUCAUACAUUUUUGUUGGUUUGUAAUAUUUAUUUUAAGAGUUGUUAAAGAUCAACUAAGAAUAUUGCAUAUAUGUUGUGAGAAUAGAGAAUGAAUCCCAUGCAUUGAUUUACGGAAUUUAAUGGCCGAUUG